GGACCCAUGCCUUUGCACGGGCAUUCUUUGCCAGUACCCCUAUAAAGUGGCCACAUUUGGCCAAUGUAACACAUGACAUCCCCAAGUGCAAGAUAGAACAUAAUCUCCAAAGGAAGGCCAAAAAACCUGCAGAAACCAUGGAGAAUGGAAAUGGGGAAAUAAGCAACACUAAUGAUAAAGCGAGGUUAGCUAUAAUGGAUUUAGCUCACAUGAUGAGUGUACCUAUGUCCCUCAAUGCCGUUGUCAAACUCAAGCUAGCUGAUGCUAUUUGGCAAGGUGGAUCAAACGCUCCGCUCACUUCCGCUGAAAUUCUUGCCAAAAUCCGCGGCCCUAAGGGCGGCGGUGAUGCUGAGAAUCUUCAGCGGGUCCUACGCUUGCUAACAAGCUAUGAUGUAUUCGAGGAGCACACAACUGAUGACGGCUUUCAAAGGAGGUAUUCUUUAACUGAGGUUGGCAAGACCCUAGUCACGGAUGAGGAUGGCCUAUCCCACGGCUCAUACGUGCUCCAGCACCACCAGGACGCGAUACUGAGGACGUGGCCAAUGGUUCAUGAGGUCAUCAAUGAUUCAUCAUCUGAGCCAUUUCUGAAGGCAAAUGGCGAGAAACCUUACAAUUACUACGGAAACAAUCCGGAGUUGAAUAGCCUUAUGUUAAAUGCAAUGUCUGGAGUUUCUGUGCCAUUUAUGAAGGGAAUGUUGGAAAGAUACGAUGGUUUUCAAGAGGUGAAAACACUUGUUGAUGUUGGAGGGAGUGGUGGAGAUUGCUUGAAGAUGAUUUUAGAAAAACAUUCAAGUAUUCAACUUGGAAUCAAUUUUGAUUUGCCUGAGGUGGUUAAAAAAGCCCCACAAAUUCCUCGUAUAAAACACGUUGGUGGUGACAUAUUCGAUCACAUACCAAAGGGCGAUGUUAUUUUCAUGAAGUGGAUGCUACCAAUAUGGACAGAUGAUGAAUGCAAGCAAAUAAUGAAAAAUUGUUACGAUGCACUUCCAAAGAAAGGCAAACUUAUUGCUUGCGAGCCAGUUGUACCUAAUCAUACUGAUGAUAGCCAGAGAACUCGAGCCCUUCUUGGAGGAGACAUUUUUAUCAUGAGUAUUUACCGUGCCAAGGGGAAGCACCGGACUGAGGAAGAAUUCCGACAGCUCGGCCAAGCAGUCGGUUUCUCCGACUGUCGUACUUUCUACGGCGAUCACUAUUUCACCAUCCUUGAAUUUCACAAGUUAUGAAUAGAAUUAUCACAUAUAUAUUCCAAUUUCUGCGUGCGUACGUGUGCUAAAAUAUGUAACAUUAAUAAUAAAAAUACAUACGGUAUUUUAAUUGUACAACAUAACUCCAUUUUCAGGCUCAUAUAUAUAUGAGAAUGGAAGAUUGGAGCAGUUUAUUCACCUAUGGAUAAAACUUAUGAGAAAGGACGAGUACAGUUUGAUUACUAGGCCUCCAGCCCAGCCCAACCCAAAUAAAGAGAGUAUUGUGUUUGUAUUAAUGUUUCGAGACUUCUCAGUAAUGAUUGAUUUUAUCAUAGCAUUAUGUUUGAUUAGGGGAUAA